UAAUUAAAUUAAUUAAAUUAUAUAUAUAAUAAUUAAUUAAAACAAAAAAAAAAAAAACAAAAAAAUAUAAAAAGAAAAGGGGGAGGCGCUCGGCAGCCCCCCCCCCCCAAAUCAGAAAAUCUCUCUCUCUCUAUCUCUUUUAUUUUCUCUUGAUUUCCUCUCAGAUUAUCUUCGAUUCCAAGCGAUCCGGCCGUUCGAUCGUUGAUCCGACUUCGCUUUCACCGUUAAAGUGCCCCCGAUCUACAAGGAGCCUAUAAGUGGGUGUGUAGUUCCACUAUACACUUACGCGUAGCAAGCAAAGCGAGACAUGAUGACGUAGUCGAUGGCUUAGCUCGACGAAUUCCAUGACGCCAGAUUUGAAUAUUGCGCGGGCCAAGGCUCAGAUUCUCAGGAUUUUGUUCGAUCUUCUCCCCAGACUCGGACUUGAGUCAUCAUUUCCCAGGGAAUUCUCCUUUUGAUUAUUGGUCCAGCAGAUCUUCUGGGAUGAUACCUACUCGUUCUCGGACAGCAUCCAGGCAGACAGAUUCUUUAGGGGGUGAUCAGGCUCCUCAGCCCUCACCUACCAGCGGUUACACGGUCAGAGGCCGUGGACGAGGUCGUGGCGAACGACGUGGCCGAGGCCGAGGCCGAGGUAGAGGCCGGGGCCGUGGUUCGGGUCGCAGUGGAGUUGACUUUGAUGGUAGUACUCCGGCGAGAGAUAGGGACCAGCUGAUUAUUGACUCCUUGGCAAACAUCACGGUGCUGUUGACAAAUAUAGUUAAUUCUCAGAGACAGCCAGAGGCGCCAGGGGGUGUGAGCCCUGAUACUAGGGUUGGUGGCGGCACUGGAGAUGGCACCGAGGAUGGCACUAGAGGUGGCACUAGUGGCGGCACUGGCGACGGUGCUGUGGCUGGUGGCGCCAGGGGCGCCGUUAGCGGUGGCGCUGCAGGUGUUGCCGUCGGCACUGGUGAUGCAGGCGAGACUAGGGGACAGCCUCCAGUGGACCUUCCAGUGGACCCUGAGGCCGUUGGGAUAGAUUAUGAGUUUGAGCGGUUUAUGGGUCUGAAGCCGCCCCAGUUCAGAGGUGCGAGAGAUAAGGCUGAAGAGUUUUUGGAUCAGUUGGACAAACUGAAGAGAGGUUCUCGCAUACAUGGCUACCGGAUGGUGGAGCUCACCUCUUUUUGUCUUCAUGGUGAGGCGAGCGUGUGGUAUGAUGUAUUGAGGAGACGGCGGGGUGAUGCCCCGUUAGGGUGGGCUGAGUUCAAGAGACUAUUUUUGGCAAAAUAUGUCUCUAGCACUAUGAGAUUCCAGAGGGCCCAGCAGUUUGAGGCCCUAAGACAGACCCCAGAUAUGAGCGUUGAGCGUUAUGAUGCGUUAUUCACUGAGCUCUCACAGUUUGCACCUGCUUUGGUUCCUACGGAGCAGGACAGGAUUACACGCUUUAUAUCUUGAUUGAUCGAGCCGUGG